AUGGAAGAGAAAGAAGGAAACAAGUCCAGAGUCCUGCCUCGGGAACCUGAGUCCACUUCAGUCUUGCACUCCACAUACACCUUCUGCUUUGUUCCCUCGCUGCACCUCAGUGACCCAGUCCUUUUCCGGCCCCCUCUCGUGGGAACCCAGCACCCUACACCGACCCCUCGCAUCCGCGGAACCGGGACCAGAGAAUUGGAGCUGGCCAUUAGAGUCACUCUUUAUGCUGUGAUCUUUCUGACGAGUGUCGGAGGAAAUGUGCUCAUCAUUGUGGUCCUGGGACUGAGCCGGCGCCUGAGAACUGUCACCAAUGCCUUCCUGCUCUCCCUGGCAGUCAGUGACCUCUUGCUGGCUGUGGCUUGCAUGCCCUUCACACUCCUGCCCAACCUCAUGGGCACAUUCAUCUUCGGCACAGUCAUUUGCAAGGCGGUUUCCUACCUCAUGGGAGUGUCAGUGAGUGUGUCCACGCUAAAUCUCGUGGCCAUAGCCCUGGAGCGGUACAGCGCCAUCUGCAGACCACUGCAAGCACGAGUGUGGCAGACACGCUCCCAUGCAGCGCGGGUGAUAUUAGCCACGUGGCUUCUGUCAGGAUUGCUUAUGGUACCUUAUCCUGUGUACACCGCCGUGCAUCCAGUGGGGCCUCGAGUGCUGCAAUGCGUGCAUCACUGGCCCAGCGCGCGUGUCCGCCAAACCUGGUCAGUACUGCUCCUGUUGUUCCUUUUCUUCAUCCCGGGAGUGGUUAUGGCUGUGGCCUAUGGGCUCAUUUCUCGCGAGCUCUACCUUGGGCUUCGCUUUGAUGGUGAUGAUAGUGACACCCAAAGCCGGGUCCGAAACCAAGGAGGCCUGCCCGGUGGGGCAGCACCAGGGCCUGUCCACCAGAAUGGGGCUUGCCGGCCUGAGACUACCCAGGCUGGGGAAGACAGUGAUGGUUGCUACGUGCAACUUCCGCGUUCCAGACUGGAGAUGACAGCUCUGACCACGCCCACUCCUGGGCCAGGCCCGGGCUCUCGACCCAUCCAGGCCAAGCUGCUGGCUAAGAAAAGAGUGGUGCGAAUGCUGCUGGUGAUUGUUGUGCUUUUCUUCCUGUGUUGGCUGCCAGUGUACAGUGCCAACACGUGGCGUGCCUUCGAUGGCCCAGGGGCACACCGAGCACUCUCAGGGGCCCCUAUCUCUUUCAUUCACUUGCUGAGUUACGCUUCUGCCUGUGUCAACCCCCUGGUCUACUGUUUCAUGCACCGCCGCUUUCGCCAGGCCUGCCUGGACACAUGUGCACGCUGUUGUCCACGGCCUCCACGAGCUCGUCCCCGGCCUCUUCCGGAUGAGGAUCCUCCUACUCCCUCCAUUGCUUCACUGUCCAGGCUAAGCUAUACCACCAUCAGCACACUGGGACCUGGCUGAAGGGUUGAGUGUGUGGAGGGUGAGACAAGACACAUGAUCCCUAUAAACUGACCCAUCCAAAAUCAUGAAACACACCAGGACUAAUCCAGGUGGACAUCCAACAGCAUGGAGAGACCCCUACACACAGAAAAUGCUCUUUGCUGCUCCACCUGAAACAGAUAGUCUUGCACAGGAAAGAAGGCACACUUUUGAUAUGGGACUGAGUCCCACCCUAGGCACGUGGCACUGACCCCACUGGAUAGACAACCGACAAUGUCUGCAGCAGUGAAUUUCUUCACACAUGGGAGCUCUGACAAGGGCUGAUUGGCUCCUCAUAUGUAUACAUUAAUGGCACUAUUCUGUAGUGCCCAUAGCCUAGUGUAAGACUGACUUAGGACAUUGCAGACUGUCCCCAUUUUGACCUCAUCAUUCCCUUCCUCACCCAGCAUUGAAAAUAUCAAUAGGAUUAAUCACAUACCUUCCCAACGUGCAGACCUUUCAGCAAUGAAAAGCCCCCUCAUCCUUCUCCAUUAGGGACUCUGGCCCUGCCCCUCUUCCUUCACCAGACCACCUCAUAAAAUAAUGCAUGACUUAGUGUCCUCUUGGACUUUCUGAACUUUGGGAGGUAAGUGAGCAAGUGUGGGUUAUGUAAAGGCUUCUUCAUCUAUUUUCUUCUACAACUAUUCAACCCUGUGUCCAACCUUGUGCAAAAAUGUCUUGGUAUGAGGAUAGACAGGGAUGGGUGUAUCCUCACAUGAUCCUCAUCUUGGAUCUACCCAUACUCCAGUGAUUUUGUUGCUGGGAUUCAACGUGACAGGUGGGAUAUCCACGACACUUCAUGAUUCCUGAGUACUUCCCAUUCGAUGCCAUUGUUAAAAUACUAUAUUAAUGGAUACUUGUUAAAAUUUUGAUGAAAAGAUAAAAAGAUGAAAGACUACAUAAGACUUAGAUUAUUCAAAAUGUAUUUGAAGCACCAAGAAUCAGAUUGUGGCAGGUACAUAGAAGUUAAUUGAAGAGUGGGGUCUUUUUAUUACAUGCUUGAUCUCCUUUAGUUUCAGAAACUGACCAAGAUACAGUUGAAUAAAAGUGCCUUCACUAGAUGUAGCAACAAAGAGACCUGGGGGUGACAGGAUGGAGUCAGUGUGAGUCUCAGAGCCCAACUUCCCUUUUGACCAUAAAACUCAUUUAUCCCCAGAGAAAGGCAGAGACCAGCAACUUCAUCACUUCACACACACACACACACACACACACACACACACACACACACAGACACAUAGAGAGAGGGGGUGCAACAAGCAGAUGAGGAAGGGAAGAAAAAGAUAGACAAGAAUAAUCAGAUGCAAAGUAUUGGGAGAAGAAAGAUCCUUGGUGCUUUAUCUGGCCAUCCAUAGAUGGGAGAAAUAGGCUGUUUUAGAGUUACUGUGGCUGUCAUGAAACACCAUGACCAAAAGCAAGUUGGGGAGGAAAAGGUGUAUUUGGCUUACAUUUCCACAUCAUAGUCCAUUAUUGAAGAGAAUCAGGACAGGAGUUCAAACUGGAACCUAGAGGUAGGGGCUGCUGCUGGGGAUAUGGAGGGGUAUUGCUUACUGGCUUGCUCAACGUGGCUUGUUCAACUUGUCUUGCUCAGCUUGCUUUCUUAUAGAACCCAGGACCACCAGGGAUGGC